AUGCAGCCCAGGCUUUGGCUGGCAGCUGGCACACUGGCAGCAGUGCUGGGCACGGCCCUGCUGGAGGACAGUGUGUGUUGGGCACCAGAUGGCAAGGAUGGAUUCCCAGGAGUCCCUGGCCUCAAGGGGAGGCCAGGGCAGAAGGGUGAUGUGGGAGAACCAGGGAAAUCAGUGCUCAGCACAGGCACCCGGGCCAAAGGGGAUGCUGGCGAGACAGGGGCCCCUGGCAGCCCGGGCGCGAUUGGCCUCCCAGGCCCGGCCGGUGCCGCCGGCUUGCAGGGACCCCCGGGGCUGAAGGGGCUGAAGGGGCUGAAGGGGCUGAAGGGGCAGGCUGGCAGCUUCCUGGGGCAGCCGCGGGCUGCCUUCUCUGCCUGCCGGCGCUCCCCGCCGGCCCGCGGCAGCACAGCGGUGCUCGACAGCAUCAUCACCAACGAGGAGAGCCACUACAGCGCCCGGAGCGGAGACCUCACCUGCCGCGUCCCCGGCGGCUACUACUUCGCCUACCAGGUGGUGUCCAGCGGGAACCUGUGCCUGAGCAUCACCAGGAACGGCGAGCCCGUGGCCAGCUUCUGCGACAACAGCCGCAGCCUGCUGCAGCUGAACUCCGGCAACUUGCUCAGCCUGGCCGAGGGUGACCGCGUCUGGCUCCGCACCGACCCGGGCCGGGGCAGCGCUAUCUACAGCGGCCCCGACGCCGACAGCGUCUUCAGCGGCUUCAUGCUGGCCCCGCAGCGGGGCUGA